CUGCGCAAUGCGGACGGAUGAGAUCGUACCUGUCUGGCAGGAAGGUCUAGUUUCAGAUGUUUAAGUGAAAUGUCUGAACGUUUGUUGCUUUUUUUUUUCUUUUUUUUUUUAUGACUAAAUCUGCCAUAAUACGAGGCAGUUGAGGCUGGAGUCAGAGGGUGGUGCUUUGUGUUGCUGAUGGAUUCGACUCUACAGGAUAAAGAUUCAUUUAUGUAUUUAUAUCAUGAGUGGAAUCAUUUUAAAAAUGGAAUCACAAUUCAUUACUGCAGAGUGUGUUUUACCCUCAAACACGCGGACGUUUGAUCUCAUUCAGGAGAAUUUCUUUCUUUCAGCGACGGUGCGCUCUUUUGUUCUUCACAAUGAGCCUUAAAGUCUGGAUAUCGUUGCGUAUUUUUUGUCGGUGAGUAUAAGUUUGUGUUUGAGCGUUUGAACCUGAAUCGUACGGCAAGUUCUCGCUUGCAGAACGGACCAGCCUGGACAUGCAGCUCAAGAAAUGUAGGUCAGGGAUGUUCAUCCCAGCAACAUGUACAUUUCGAAAAGGUAACGCUUGUUUUAAACAUGACAGUGUACUGUGUGUAUGUAUUGCAGAGCAGAAACUCUUUUCAGAGGCUCAGUGGAAGCUCAUCAUUAUGGCACACAUGGCUGCCACACUUUUGGCCUUGCUCCUGAAUUAUCAAGCAUCGUCUGAAGGUUCUCUGUCUCCACCGCUCAACCUGAGUGUGGAGUUGCUGGAUUUCAAGGCUUUGGCUCGCUGGCUUCCUGGACCAGGGAACCCAAAAGGAACCAGAUACUCCCUCGAGUUUGUAGACAUUGACAAUUUCUUAUUGCCAACUUGGCAUCAAAUCGGAGAUUGUACGAACAUCACCUCGACGGAAUGCUACUUCAUCUUCAACAAGAGAGUUCUGACAGACUAUUUUGUCAGAGUCGGAGCAGAAUGGGAGGAAGAACGGUCAGAAUGGACGCUUCUGCCACGUAGCUUCCAGCCUUAUCAAUAUACUCUUUUGAGUGCCCCAAAGUUGAGCGUGUCCGCUCUACAAAAUUCCAUAUGCAUUAUUCUCAGCCAUCCGCUCCAGUCGCUGAUGGAAGUGCGGAUGAAAUUCUCCGUUGACCUUUAUCAAAUAAUCUCCAACAACAAAUCAGAGAAGCAUAUUGCACAGAAUAUUACUACGAGGACUUCCAACUUUGUGAAUCUGCCACCUGGGAGCUACUGCAUCAAUGCUCAUGCCUUCCUUACAGAAGAAAGAUCUAAAAUCAACAAGAACACCACCAUGUGUGUUUUUCUGCAUCCGGAUCCAAAUGGAAAAGUAUGGGUGGUAAUUGUGGUGGUCUUUCCACUGCUGUCCAUUCCUGCAGUGUUCGGUUUGAUUUUUAUUUACUACUAUGUGAAGCCAUCAAAGAACAACUACAUUCCCAAAGCUAUGGAGAUUAUUGAAGGAACUCUAGUGGUCCGAAUACUGAACCCUGAGGAUCUCCGAGUGCUACCAGUUUCACAGAUACUUACAGAUGAUUGCAAGGCUACGCAUCAGGAACUGGCAGAAGACUAUUACGGUGGGUCUGAAGAAAAUUACAAGGAAGGUCUUUUUUCCCAAAUUGUGGACGUGGCAGAUCAGGACAUGCUUCCGGUGCCUGAUUUGUACAGCACAUGUGCGAAGAUGGAGGAACAAUGGGAAUAUCCGACAGAGGCGGAAUGUUAUUCUGAUGGCCUAACACUAAAUACAGACUCAUUCUCAAGUCAUUCUCAACUCAACUCGGUAGACACAAGUCAAACUGGAAAUAUGAAUGACUCCGUACUAUUUGAAUUUGAUGAAAAGUCCUCGUUUUGUUAUUCUGAGAAUAAAGAAUCUGAAGCAGAGACGGAAAGUCUGUUUUCUGAUGCUGUUUCCGGAAGCAACUAUGAGCCCAGACCUGACCCACGUUGGAUGCGCAAUUUACAACAUCACAACAUCGAACAAUGAAGAGUACAAUUUUCAAAACUCAUACAUGGUGCUAUUUUUGUGUGCUCAUCUUCACAACCCAGCUAAACUAUGUAGCUUUGAGUGGAAUACUCAGGUGGCUGAAUGGAACGUUUGGAAAACAAACAACUCUAAAAGUGAAACAAUUUGGAUUUGACAAAUUGUCUGGCACAUUUUUUACCAAAGAUGAUUGAUGGCUUUUAAUUGUCCAGAGUGAUUUAAUUAUAAUGUACUGUAUGGAAGUAGCUUUUAAAUUUAGACUGCUCUACACAACGGUUUCUUCUAGACCAGGGUUUGGAAUGAAUGUGUUGAAUGAACAUACCUUAACGUAAAUAUACAUAAACAUGUUUUUUUAUAGGGUGUGUUUUGGGAAUUCAUGUAUCAUGAAUUCAAGCAUAUUAAGGUAGUGUGAGUGUACAAAAGCUCCCCCUUGUGGUGCAUUUUCAUUCUGUUUAUAUACCAUAUUCGAGCUUUAAAAAAAAAAAAAGUUCACAGCACAUCUGUGAUAAAGACAUGAUUGAUGAAGUAAUGUGAAAUUCUCAGCUAAAUUAUUAAAAAAAAGCUUUUUUGUUAGGGUGCUAUGAAGUGUCAAAAUGAUUGAAAUCAGUUGCUACCUCAUUAAUGGCGGAAAUAUUUAUGAUCUGUGAAGCAUGAAGAAAGCCUAAGACAUUAAAUAUAUAUAUAAAAGGUGUUUAUCAACAGUGAUGCAAUAAGAAACUUUUGUUGUAUAAUAUUUUGUACAUCAAGAAGGAAUACAGACAAAAUAAAUAUACAUGAAUGUCA